AUGUUGAUGGGGGAGAUGUUAAUGGUUAUGAUGCUGAUGUGGUUGAUAGCAAUGCUGUUGAUGGAGUUGAUAACAAUGUUGAUGAUGAGGGAGGUGUUAAUGGUUAUAAUGCUUGUGGUUGAUGGCAAAGAUGUUGAUGGGGAAGAUGGUAAUGGGUAUGAUGCUGAUGUGGAUGGUUGCAAUGAUGUUGAUAUGGUAAAAUUGAAAAUCAAAAUGAAGUUGUUCACGCGAAGUUCGAGUCUCAAUUCUCUAUGGUCACUUAUUUACUGUGUCGUGGUUGUUAUACUUCACUGCUACAUAACCUACCUCGGAGUUUCAAAAUACCGGAAGUUGAAUAAUGAGGAUUUGUGGGGCGGGGAAACCCCCGGAGAGUUACGGACGUAUAUUGCUCUCAUAGUGCUCGCCCUGUUCUUUCUUCCUCUUUUCGUUUUCUUUUCAUUGUUGAAAGUCGGUAAUGCCGCCAAUGACAGCACAAAACUGGGUCGUGACCACGCCCUUGACUCCAGCGGAUAUUCCCUUGGGUCAAAAAUCAAGCGGGAAUGGUUACGUCAACUAUGGGAGCAGUUCCCGCCAUUUUCAGCGAUCUUCCAUUUGUCGUCUGCUUUCCUCGUUCUUCUACCGGAAGUGACGAUUACAGCAGCGGAAGUAAAAUAUGGUAUCAUGGCGUCUGACGCCGUCUGGUCAUGUGACCUGGACUUCCUGUUCUCGGCGGACCGCGCGUCAACCAGCAACAUCAUCAGCCAAUCAAACGUCACCGUUCAGAACAACCUGUCGUUCUACGUGGUGCCGACGCCACGCCCUCCCGUCGGUGGUUGGACACAUGACACCACAUUACACGUGGCGUUUGUAUAUUUGGCGGCGGGGCUUAUUAUGUUAGCCGUCCGAUACUCCGCAGUGUUUUGGUUCACAAAUAAGGUCUUUAGUAUAUUGUUUGCGACUCAGUUACUAUUUAUGACUGUUGAGGCGCUUUUUGCGCAUUGUGGUGUUGAAGUAGUGUAUAAAGUGGCGGUCAAUUAUGACAAAUAUCAUGAAAAUGUUGACAUUUUUUUAGGACCCGAAGUGGUUCUAUUUUUGUACGGUCUCAGUGGAAUAGUAUUAAUAGGGUCCACUUAUUUCAUCUACACGUACGGAGCAAAUUAUUUUCAGGAAAAAUUCAAAAUCAUAGACAAGCGUCAUCAUCCCGAGACUUAUCGGAAACAGACUAUGAUCGUGCAUGGAAGUUGCCAAGACUAUCGGACGCAUACGGCGGCCGUCGUCUCCUUGAUAACGCUCGGGCUGCUGCGAGGGCCCAUUUUGUAUGAUAUGGUAACCCUUUAUAGGGAGACGCGCGACUCCCUUUUACUAACGUGUCUCGUUCUUGAGGUCGUUUACAUGGUGUUCUGGAUAUUACUUUGGACGAUUCUGACUAUUAAACAGCAGUGGCAGUUUCGCAUUCUUGAUUAUGUGCCGUUAAAUGAGCCAAUUUUUAUGAUUUCUAAUGACACGAUAGUCAAGAGCGCUUCUUAUCAUGGCGGUUCAAUCGAACUCCACACUGUAGGGCAAAAGAAACGCCCAAGCUCAUUGCCUAGUGAACUAACCGCAAGUGAAAGUGGUUUUGGUGACGCUAAUUCAUCUGAGGACGAAAAAGAGAGAUAUGAAAUAUCCCUUCCGCCAUUAGCGGAAGUUCCCGGCGCAAACCUUGCAAACUCACGCCGGAAGGGAUCCACACAUUCCCUCGACAGACGCAGCCGCUCUCGGCGAAACGGGAACCAACGCGUUACUUUUCAUGACACUGUGAAACGGUCAACAUCGACCGAUAGUGAAUUAUACGCGAGAAAUAAAAGACAUUUGAACACUUCCGUUGAAAUCCAUGGACGCCAAGACGUCAGAGGCCGGGAACUGACGCCACUAGAAAUUGCCAUCCUUCGUUCAAGGAGGCCCGGGUCGCGACACUCUAUUGGUACACCGGAACAGGCUGAAACAGCACCUUUAAAUAAUGCGAUUGAACGGAAACAGAAUUCCUUCUCGGAUUUAGGCGCCGGAAGUGACUAUAGUAGUGAUCGGUCUCGUACCAGCCGACCUACACCCGAUAGCAGUAUUGAAUACAACGAUCUUACGAUCAAAAACGACUAUGCUCUGGGAGCGAGAAACAAUUUGAAGUCUUCCAAUAUGGAAACGCAGACAAAUAACAAUGAUGCUAAUAAUAGUGGGCCCCGGAUGCUAAGUAGUCCGGUGAAGAAAAUAAGUUCAAGCCAGUCAUCGCCAUUAAAGGAACCAUUGCAAACGAUAGUGAAUAAUAUAAAUAAAUCUGACCGACAUCAUCUUAGUCCGAGACCUUUGGACUAUAUUGAGAAUAAAAAAGACAUCGGACUAGCGCGGAGGGAUUCUGCAAAUUAUUCUUUGACGUCAUCACAGGAAACAGCGUCUAAUGACUCGGACCAGGCGCAGCAAAUGUGCAGUCAAUCCAAGAAUUCAGUGAAGACGUCAUCUCAAGAAUGAGGCCCUUUAAACAAAAAGGCUGAUGAAAGAUCACCAUCAACAACGCCAGAAACGAGAAAAGCUGCAUUAAACUCAAAACUCAAGAUCUUGUUUAUGGAAUACUUCAUAUGUCGUCUGAUUAAGUCUCCCUCCGCCUCUGUUGUGCCUUCUGUCAAUGCUUCUUCGAGCUUCCUCCCCGUUGCAGAGAUAUGGCCCCUUUAUAUACUUAACUAGUUUAAGACCACCAAAGCUUCCUCACCUAUGGGGAGAUAUGGCCACUUUAUAUCCUUAACUAGUUUAAGGCCACCGGGGCUUCCCCGCCCCACGUUGGGGAGAUAUUGCCCCUUUAUAUCCUUAACUAGUUUAAGGCCACCGGAGCUUCCUCACUGUUGGGGAGAUAUGGCCCCUUUAUAUCCUUAAAUAGUUAAAGACCGUCUGUCCUUCCUCACCGUUUGGGAGAUAUGGCCCUGUUAUAUCCUUAACUAGUUUAAGGCUGUCCAACCUUCCUCACCGUCCUGGAGAUAUGGCCCUGUUAUAUCCUUAACUAGUUUAAGGCUAUCCAACCUUCCUCCUGUUGGGGAGAUAUGGCCCCUUUAUAUCCUUAAAUAGUUAAAGGCCGUCUGACCUUCCUCACCGUUUGGGAGAUAUGGCCCUGUUAUAUCCUUAACUAGUUUAAGGCUGUCCAACCUUCCUCACCGUCCUGGAGAUAUGACCCUGUUAUAUCCUUAACUAGUUUAAGGCCGUCCAACCUUCCUUCCCGUUGGGGAGAUAUGGUCCCUUUUAAUCCUUAACUAGGCUGUCUGAGCUUAACUAUUUUAAGGCUGUCUGAGCUUCCUCACUGUUGGUGAGAUAUGGCCCCUUUAUAUCCUUAACUAUUUUAAGGCCUUCCAACCUUUCUACCUGUUGGGGAGAUAUGGCCCCUUUAUAUCCUUAACUAGUUUAAGGCCGUCAGACCUUCCUCACCAUUGGGGAGAUAUGGCCCCUUUAUAUCCUUAAAUAAUUAAAGGCCACCGGAGCUUCCUCACUGUUGGGGAGAUACAAACAUGUAUGGCCUCUUUUUAUCCUUAAAAAGUUAAAGGCCGUCUGACCUUCCUCCCCAUUGGGGAGAUAUAGCCCCUUUAUAUCCUUAACCAGUUUAAGGCCGUCCAACCUUCCUCCCCAUUAGGGAGAUAUAGCCCCUUUAUAUCCUUAACCAGUUUAAGGCCGUCCAACCUUCCUCCCCAUUGGGGAGAUAUAGCCCCUUUAUAUCCUUAACCAGUUUAAGGCCGUCCAACCUUCCUCCCCAUUAGGGAGAUAUGGCCACUUUAUAUCCUUAACUAUUUUAAGGCCGUCCAACCUUCCUCCCCAUUGGGGAAAUAUGGCCACUUUAUAUCCUUAACUAGUUUAAGGCCGUCAGACAUUCCUCACCAUUGGGGAGAUAUGGCACCUUUAUAUCCUUAACUAGUUUAAGGCCGUCAGACAUUCCUCACCAUUGGGGAGAUAUGGCACCUUUAAAUCCAGCUAUUUAAAGGCCGUCCAACCUUUCUACCGGUUGGGGUGAUAUGGCACCUUUAUAUCCAGCUAUUUAAAGGCCGUCCAACCUUUCUACCCGUUGGGGUGAUAUGGCCCCUUUAUAUUCUUAACUUUUUUAAGGCCGUCCAACCUCUCUCCCACAUUGUUUUAAAGGUACUCGCUCAUGUAUUUGGACCAAACCACUCACGAAACAGCAAAGCUAUAAUGAAGUGAUUAUUAGCAUUAUGUAUGCUUAUGAAAAUAGUGGUCUUCAAAGACAAUAUUUGAGCAUAUCUCAACAUUUGCUGAAGGGUUCCAACUUUUGGUAUCUCAGUUUAAACUCUUCUAAUGAUUUCUCACACAUUAUUUCAUAAUACCAAAACAGUGGAUUUUACAAAACAUGAGAGAUAUCUUUAACUUGGUUGGUGUGAUAUUUUUAGGGAAAGUUCAUAGAUUAACUCAAAAUGGCAUGAUGCCAGAACAUGACAAAUGACACAACAAGGCAUUUUCAUCAACAGUAUUGCACUGUUUAUAUUUCUGAGUUGUUAGAAUAUUGACAUCCAAACUGAUAGUUUGGAUGAUCUGUUUAGGCAAUGCUUCAUUGUGCUUGCAAGUAGAGCUUUCAAUUUAGUUUGUGACACUUGUUUCACAAUUAUCUGAAAUUCUUGACCUUAUGUACAUUUGACGAUAAAACGGCAAAUAUGCGUCGACCGUAUGCUUAGAUCAUAUAUGUGUAGACAAUAUUGCUUACGUAGACCAUGUGUUUAGACCAUAUAUGUGUAGACAAUAUUACUUGUGUAGACCAUAUGUUUAAACCAUAUAUGUGUAGACAAUAUGCGUUGACCAUAUAUGUAGACCAUAUGUGUAGACCAUAUGUUUAAACCAUAUAUGUGUAGACAAUAUGCGUUGACCAUAUAUGUAGACCAUAUGUGUAGACCAUAUGUUUAAACCAUAUAUGUAGACCAUAUGUGUUGACCAUACAUGUAGACCAUAUGUGUAGACCAUAUGUUUAGACCACAUGUGUUGACCAUAUAUGUAGACCAUAUGUUUAGACUGUAUGUGUUAACCAUAUGUGUAGAUGAUCUUCUCAUUGAAUAUUGUUCAGUUUAACUAACAUAUAACUUAUAUUUACCUCUCGACAUUUAUAUGAUGCAGCAGUGCUUAGUUAUCAGUAUAAUUGCAUUUCAUUGCCACUUACAUAUGAUAAAUAAAAUACCAUUUCCAAA